UUCUGCAGCGGUUCCAAUUGCAUGGAAGCCGGUGAUCGAGUGCGUUCAGUAGUGGCAAGCGCAACAAGAGACUUGCAAUCGUAACGCUGUAACGAUCGUGCGACUAACAGCGAACGCGACUGCCAGUCUAGUGGUAGUUUCAUUGGUUGGGCGCUUUAGGGGGUCGCAAUACUUAGCUAAUUAAUGAGCCGAAGGGUCUCCGGCAUGCAUUAUUGAAUUAGUAAUGCAAAUAUCUAGAAAUAUACAUCAUAUUUUGUGUUUUUAGUUAGAAUAUCAUUGGGCAGUGAAAUCUUAGUCAAGCGUGGUGAAAUUUAAUGUGUGCUAAUUAAACGCUAAAAACCUGCAUGUUGUAAAGGAUUAUGUGUCUAAUUAACAUAAAAAACAUUGAGAGCACAUACAUAUAACUAAUUCUAGUAAUAGUUUAUAAAUGAUAUACUCAAACAACGAAUCGAAAUAUAAUUAAACUUUAAAAUGGCCAUAAUAAGCGAGUUCCUGCAGUUGACCAUUGUUGUGUUCUUCCUAGUUGCCAUAGCACAGACAGUUGAAGAAAGCGCCAAAUGGAUCUGCACCUCAACAGAUUUGUGUGUCGUCGAUUCGGCGGCAAAUAUCGCCGAUGCCAAGCGCUUCGAGAGCCAGAACGAUUGUCGCCUCUCAUGCGGCAGAUAUGGCGCUAUCUGGCCCAUGCCCACCGGCGACUGCAACUUAUCCAACGAGCGCGUGCGUUUCGAUCCGUGGAAGGUUCGUUUCAAUGUGGUGGCGCCCGACCCGGCUACGACGCAGUAUUUGCGCGAAUCGAAUCGCAUUUUCGUCAGUAAUAUGCUGAAAGAGUGUCUGCGGAACUGUUCGCUACCGACUAGCAAAGAGGUCUACGUGAAGACUACAGUGAGUUCGAAUAGUUUGGUGUUGGACUGGGGCACGAAUGAAACUUAUCAGCUGAGUCUGCGAACAACAGAAAUGGCCACAUUUGUCGAUGUCAAAGCACAAACAGUUUACGGCGCCAGGCAUGCGCUGGAAACCCUGAGCAAUCUCAUAACGGGCAGCAAAGAAAAUGGUCUGCUGUUGGUGAAAGCUGCUCGGGUGCGCGACGGACCCAUUUACCCGCAUCGUGGCUUGCUGCUGGACACCGCUCGCAAUUUUAUGCCUUUGCGGGUGAUCAGUCGCGUUUUGGACGGUAUGGCAGCCUCGAAGAUGAAUGUGCUGCACUGGCAUGUGGUCGAUUCGCAGAGCUUUCCACUGGAAAUCACGAGGGUUCCCGAAUUACAGCAGUUUGGCGCCUACGGACCCGAUUUGGUUUACAGCCGCGUCGACACUCAAAACAUGGUGCGCUACGCGCGCCUGCGCGGCAUACGCAUUAUUAUCGAAAUUGAUGGGCCCUCACAUGCUGGAAAUGGUUGGCAGUGGGGUCCCAUGUCGGGGCUGGGCAACAUGGCGGUAUGUGUCAAUCAACAGCCUUGGCGUUCGUAUUGCAUUGAGCCGCCGUGUGGACAAUUGAAUCCACUUAACGAGAAUAUGUACGGCAUAAUGAAGGAGAUUUACGAAGAUCUCGCCGAGGUGAAUGCACCCGAAGAGACAAUUCAUAUGGGUGGCGAUGAGGUGUUUAUACCCUGCUGGAAUCGCACAGACGAGAUUACGCGACGCAUGCGCGACACGGGUUAUGAUUUGAGUUUACGCAGCUUUUACAAGCUGUGGGCAGAAUUUCAUCAGAAAAACUUGGACUCGUGGGAUAAUGUAACGCAGCGACAGUACGCACGUAACCCCAUACCCAAAUCGGUGAUACUGUGGUCGAGUCAUUUGACAGACCCCGAUAUUAUAGUCGAGCACCUGCCCAAAGAGCGUUACAUCAUACAAACGUGGGUGGAAUCGGAUAAAACACUGAAUAACGACUUGCUGCUAAAGGGCUAUCGAAUUAUAGUGUCUACGAAGGAUGCCUGGUACUUGGAUCAUGGUUUUUGGGGACGCACGGAAUACCACAAUUGGAAGAAGGUUUAUGAUAAUCGCAUGGAAGUGCAUCCGCUCGUGUUGGGCGGUGAAGUGUGCAUGUGGAGUGAGUUUGUGGAUCAAAGUUCCGUUGAGGCACGCAUAUGGCCACGCGCUGGUGCUGCCGCUGAACGAUUGUGGGCGAAUCCGAAACUAUCGAGCUUGCUGGUGCAGACGCGGUUCUUACGCUAUCGCGAACGUCUUUUGUCGCGUGGCAUUAAGCCCGACGCCGUCAUACCGAAGUGGUGUGUGCUGAACGAGGGACAGUGUUUGUAGAUAUUUAUUCAAAUUUAUACAAUAAAAGUGUAAAAUACUAAAAUA